ACUAGUGAAGUAACCUAGAAGAAUCAAAGAAUCAAAUCGUACUACACAAAAACUAUUGCAAAUAUUGCAAUUAUAUUAUUUAAAACUAUUAAAUUGGUGUGAACAGUUCCUUCAAAACAUGACGAUCGUAGAAUAUGUGACUUCGCUAGCCCAAAACCCUUAUUUCGGGGCGGGUUUCGGAUUGUUCGGCGUUGGAGCGAGUGCUGCAAUUUUACGGAAAGGAUUUCAAACCUCUAUGAUAUUAUUUCGACGGCACUGCAUGAUCACACUUGAAGUGCCAUGUAGAGACAAGUCUUACCAAUGGUUACUACAGUGGAUAACUCAGAAAGGUGCUAAACAGACGCAACAUUUGAGUGUAGAAACUUCUUUCCUUCAGAAGGACACCGGACAAAUCAAAACUAAAUACGACUUUAUUCCCAGUGUAGGUCAGCAUUUUUUCAGAUAUCGUGGAGCCUGGAUCAAAGUAGACCGCACCAGGGAACAACAUACUCUGGAUUUGCAUAUGGGUGUUCCAUGGGAAACAGUCGUCUUGACAUCCUUUGGUAGCAAUAAGCAGCUAUAUUAUGAUAUUCUAGAAGAAGCUCGUACAAUGGCACUGAAGCAGCAUGAAGGCAUGACCAUCAUGUACACGGCCAUGGGGGCCGAGUGGAGACCAUUCGGGCACCCGCGCCGCAGGCGUCCUUUGCACAGUGUAGUCUUGCGCGCGGGCUUGACGGACAAAAUCCUGGAGGAUUGUCUGGACUUCAUCAACCAUCCACAGUGGUAUACAGAUAGAGGGAUACCUUACAGAAGAGGUUACCUGCUGUAUGGCCCACCUGGUUGUGGAAAGUCAUCAUUCAUUAUGGCCUUAGCUGGAGAAUUGGAGUAUAACAUCUGUGUACUUAAUCUAUCUGAGAGGGGCCUUACCGAUGACAGACUAAACCAUCUACUUAGCGUAGCCCCACAACAGUCGAUAAUCCUACUGGAAGACAUCGACGCGGCCUUCGUGUCGCGCGAGGACACGCCCUCGCAGAAGGCGGCGUACGACGGACUCAACCGCGUCACGUUCAGCGGGCUGCUCAACUGUCUGGAUGGCGUUGCUUCCACGGAGGCUAGGAUAGUCUUCAUGACCACUAAUUAUUUGGAAAGGUUGGACCCUGCGCUAAUUAGGCCCGGCAGGGUCGACAUGAAGGAGUACGUGGGCUAUUGCGACCAGCAACAGGUUGAACUCAUGUUUUUGAGGUUUUAUAAAGGAGAUGGAGCUGCGGAGCAUGCGAGGAUAUUUGCCGAGAAUGUGAUGCAAAGUAACAAGAAAGUCAGCCCUGCACAGAUACAAGGCUACUUUAUGUUCCAUAAGCAUUCGCCUCCGGCCGAAGUGGUCAAAGAUUUCCAGUCGAUUUGGACCCUUGGCUAAAAUAUACAGCUACCAACUUUAUAAGCUCCAGAAGAUCGCCAAGGCCGCUGUCAAUCCACUGGUCUUAUUGGAAUCAACAGAUUCCAGACAGGAGGUUUGCCAUAAUUCUCCAACUAGGCCGCUCUUGUUGAAUUGAAAAACACUGCGCAAUUAGUAAUGCAGUCGGUAGUCUCUUUUCAACCUCAUGAGUUAGAAAGAGAUUUCGGCAUUUAUCAGGCACAGUUUAUUAGCGUUUAUCAAACGGGUUGUAGAUCAAGUUUGAUAGAAAAACAAGUAAAGAUGCGGCUUCGUGAACAGUUUGUUCAAACUAGGUGCACCAGAGGCAAGUAGGUACCUGAAGUGGCAUUUCUCAUGUAUUUUCAAAUACUAUGUAUUUAUAUGAUGUUACAAAGUCAAUAGAGCUUCUACCUAUGUGUCCUUUAUGGCGACUGUACAUACAUUCGAAAAGUGAUCUAUUAUUUAUCUAGGUGUAAAAUUAUAUUUAAACGAUUUUAGAAUUUUGAUUGUUUGUAGAUUUACACCUUUACUUAAAAUAAACUGCAGCUAUGUUUUACAA